AUGGACAAUUCUCUGAUCUUAUGUCAAUCAGCUCUAUUGAAUCCUUCCGUGCUACCCGCAUCCGUGAAUAAUUCAAGCAAUAGUGUCGGCAAAGUACUUACCCCGCCAUGCCCCAUCGAACGGGCAUAUUCACCUAUCUUGCAGCGUGAGGAAUUCUUACAACUAAACAAUUACCAGCUACACUCAAACACACGAAGUCAUUCCAACUGGUCAUCAGCAGCCGAUCGUCUUGAAAGAAGCAACUGCAGCCUACAUACGGAAUGCUUAAAGAAUUGCAAUUCCUCGGAGCCUGGAGUGAUUAGAAAACCAAGACGUUUGCGCAAACGGCGUCUGGGAAGUCGCAGCAAAAGUCUUCUACCAGAUCGACAGUUCAGCCUCCCGCAGUCUCCGCUUUUAGGAAGCGAUCAUCAGCGACCCAACAUUUUUGAUAAUUGUCCAAUAUAUCCGGAUUUUGCCGACAGUGGACUUACAUAUACCGAGGACGAUAGCGGUAGGAUUUCAUUUAAGCCGCAUCAGGAGCUCUCAAAUUCCUACUGCCGUUCUUGCAAAACAAUCCGACUUCAUUUUAAGAACGUUUGUUCGAAAUGCAAAGAAGCUCGUAACUUCUCUCCAGUAACUUCCUGUCCACCUGUGUUGAAGUCAACCGAUUUGACCUGCAUUCCGACCGUCAAAACGGAUUUUCUUCAAACGGCAGCUAUUGGACUCAGUGAGUUUCCUCAGUCUUCAUCAGAGGAAGAAACACAAUUGAACGGAGAACAGCAGUCGGGUAACCCUGGUCCCGAAGCAAAGUUGGUAGGUGACCUUCCACUCGGUCACCAUGACGCCGAGAUUGCUAGCUUGAAAAUACCCCGCAUUUCGACAAUGAACAGCCCAGAAGAACUGUUGCAACGGAUCGCAAGACUAGAGGAUCAUGUAGACAGCCUCUAUUCAUUAUCAAAUUCCGGUUCUCAGUCAGGAGAAUCUACCAAACAGAAUGGUUCGAGAGCUUACUCCAGGCCAAAAUUACCUGCUGUCUUGAUGAAACGUCAGGCAAGCGCUCCCCAGCCCGGCUCCAUCAACGCAGUCCGUACACAGAAUGACAGCAAUCAACUGUGCUCCAAUGGAUUCCACGAAAUAAAACCGGAAAAGUUACGUGCAAACUCACACAAGUUGAUGGCGCAAGCGGAGCUUCGCUGCAAAAACAAAAACCAAUGUGACGAAAUCUCAAAGGACACUCAAUCUGUGCGUUAUUCACAGUCUUCCAAUGAGGACCGUGAAGUGGCCAGAUUCCUUUCUGGAGCCGAGCACACACCGAAUAUUAAUCACCGACUGCUCACGAUGCUGCAACGUCGAAACGGCAUACAAACUAGCGCAGUAAUUGGAGAAAAUGACGCUUCUAAAAAGCCCGGUUUACGAGUCACACGUCGCAACAAUUGCACUACCACACCUGCCCGUACACGUUCGCUUCAACCAACGUCCAGGGUAGAAAAUGGAGUAGAUAGGGUGCGACGCGACCCAUCUCUGGCAUCCAAACGAGCAGAAAGUCGGACUAGAAAUUCCGGUUCAAGUUCCGAUUCGCAAAAGUUAAGCGCCCCUGAAAAGGCAGCGUCAAUUUCGGGGAAGAAAGACAACGUGGUCGCAACUAACACUGCCAAGAUGAACGCUUUGCUCGGUUUGCAAAGGCGAAAAGCGUAUGAUCCUCACUCCUCACUGAGGAACGCAAAUAAUUUAUCAAAAGACACGCCUCGAUCGGCAACAAGUACUGGAAAAGUAAAUGCGCCCCAGCGUCCCCCGUCUCAAUUAUCACGUACCACUGAAGCCGCGCGCCGUUCUGGUCGACGCCCAUCCAACACUUUCAAUCUCACAGCUCCAGUGCAAACCGCUGAUUGCCUAGCUGCUCUCCAAUCAAUAGCGACCGAGAAGGAAUACCCGUCGCAUUGUUCAGUCGUGCCAAGGCUUUUGCUGAAUCCCGCAAACGACAGCUGGACCCACAGUCCAACUCCACGAAAUAGUUCCUUUGUCAACGCAACUACCACGGAGGGCAAGCAGAGGCGGCAAGUGAGGGCCUCUUCAGUGAACGCCGCUGAUAUACCACGUACUACAAACGGAAGAGGAGCGAUGACGAACAGAGAUAAUGAACAGGCCAGCGCGAAAUUCAGAGGUAAAUCACAAACAGGCAUGCACUCCGACCGCAAGGUGCCAAGGUCAGUCAGUUACAAGCAGUCUUUGAAUCGUCAAUCUGCUUCUCAAACGGAACGUCGUGAGAAUGAGUCGGUGGACCAAUCGAAAAUGAGGAACCCUCAGGUUAUAACUAAAGCGAAAACGAAAUGGGUGGAAAUCGACUUAGAUCAACCAUACCCAGACGUUGCAGUGGAAUCGAUCCGAUUCAAAAGUGAAAAACUCGCCAAUUUUAUAGUUCGACUGAGGAGGCGAAUUGAACGAGACUGUGCGGAACAAGGCACCUGCUCCCCGGGAGAUGACGUGUUCGGAGAUGAAGCUAUCGGUGCAGUGGUCGCCGGUCAACCCACUGGAAUGCAUCCAGUUGUAACAGCUUGCUUGAAAAACCUCCGCAUACUAGAGUUCAAUGCCCAACAAAUAUUCAGUCUUUUAUACCCAACGGAAAUUGACCUGUGGGAGCCGGCACGCACAUGUCUUGCCGGAAAUGUUGGUGACGAACAGGCGUACAACGAAGCACAAAGCAGGUUGACCGAUCGACUGUCCCAUUGCAUUAAGCAGAUAGAGGAGCGAACUCUAUCACAAAAUCCAGCGAACGAUGUGCUCUCACCCCAUUUGGUAUCAGUAAGCGUGUUAAGGGAAAACACGACAUCCAACGGAGUUACUCCAACUGAAGAUGGAGAUGUGAUAUGAUCUGUCGUCUUUCAUGAUAUUUCCGUCAAUCAGUUGCAAGAACUCCUCUUCCAAUCACAUAUAUUCGUACAAUUGCAAACACACUUUCUCGCACACAAUUCGUGUGCAGCUUUUGCCCUUAAUUACUGACAGCGAAAACAUUGAACCCGAGUUCACUCACCAGCCAAGGACUCACGCACACAAGGUCUUUCAGAAUCCAUAGAAGACUAAACGGAGCACGUUGAGCAAAUCUGUGCUUUAGUGAGUCAGAGGGAUGGGUGAGAAGGAAGUCGACCCGGUGCACCUUUUGUGAGAAAAUAUUCAGUAAAUGUCCAGUGGAUUUCGAAUUUCUCAAAGACAAAUAUCUGAACUAUGCCGUGAAACUGGUCCUGUGUGAGAUAUAAAGCCUCCAGGCAUCUGCCAACAAACCGUUUGUACAAGAGAUUUUCCAACUAAUAAAGCAGAAAAUGCCCUUUUUUA